AUGUUCAGGCCACCGAUUGAAUUCACGUCCGAGAUGGCACAUGAGUAUCUUGAGGAACCUCAAAAAAUAAGUUGGUGUCCUUAUUCCUCGCGUAACUUGAUUGGAGUAGAUCAGCUACAGAGGGCUUACAUGAUUUCUAUCCGACGGGCUAUUCUUCCAUGGAGGUUUCUACUUCAAAACAUUGAUACAUGUGUAGCCGAGCCAUAUCACCCGGACCGUGUAGCUCGCCAACUUAAGUUAGACCAACAGAUACCAUAUAAUCCUUUGAUAUCCUUAUGGACAACAGACGUUGGCGUGGCGUACACAUACUGGUCACAUCUAUUUCUCCCAGCUCAGGAGGGAAUUCAUCAUCCUCUCAACAGCACUUAUGAGGGAAAAUGUGACGUAUCAUGGACUAGAUGGUGGAACAAAUUUUUGCAUCCGUUUACCAUUAUUUUGGAUAAACUUAAGGCUGGUAGUCCACAUGGGGAAAUCUCAUAUGAUGAGAGAAAGGAGGCGUAUAAGCAAAAGGCAAAAGAAUUUAUGCUCCCUCGCGAACUCUCAGAUUCUGAUUUUGUUAUAAUAAAGGAAGUGUCAGCCGACUGCCGAGACAGGUACAUUAAUGGUAUUGAGGCCACAGAGAAAGAGAUAGCAGAACGUUGGAAUCAUAUUUUGGGUAUUUUUCUUUCAGAUGAUGAACCUGCUAUGGCCUCUCGACGUAAGCGGAAGAAUAAGAGUAAUGUUAUUGACUCUUCCUUUAGCGCUUUGCCUCCAACGGAUAUGCAAGUUGGUGAAAACCUCUCAACUUCCAAGCUAAAGGAACCAAGUACAACUAAAGCUAUUUCUUUUGAUGAGGAGGCGAGGCCUACCUCCAAAAGAAAACUUGAUUUUGCUGACGUAGAGAAUAUUUCCAGCCCUAUAAAAUUAGAUGGUCCUGCUUUAUAUGUACAAGAUGAUAUUAGUUUCACGGGUCUGGACAAUAUACUUAAUGGAGAUGUAGCUCACGAUUUGGAUGAUCUUCACGCAUUAAAUGUGGAUGACUAUGAGUCAAGCAUAGAUGUGGAUCUCCAAGUUUCUUUUCCAUGCAUAGCUUCAAACGUGCCCCCAUCGACUGAUAUUGAUAGCCUCCUAUCUUCUGCACUAAAUGUUAUUAUGAAGGCUGUCGAUGCAUCGUUCAGACAUGCACUUGAAGGCUUGAACAGCUCUACGAUAAUUGACCCUCAACGUCAUGCACUUCUUGAGGCGGUCUAUUCGCUUCUUCCAGCCAGCGAUGAUAUCGCUCGCGUCGCUGCUAUUCGUGCAGGUCUGAAAAGACUUAUUUCCAUCUCAAAUGACAUGCAGCAAUCCCACAAAGAGAUUAGAUCUCAUUCUCAUGAGAAAGAAGAAGCUUUCACUGUGGCAGAUAAGGAAUGUAUGUUGCUUGAAGAAUUUUUAAAAGGUACAGAUGAUAAGCUGGCAUCUAUGGAAGAGCAAUAUGCCGAGGAGAGGAAGCAUGGGGAGACUCUUAAAGCUCAACUCAAAAAGGUUAAUACUAGAAUGCAUCAGAUUGGGGAGGGUGUUGAGCAACUGAAAUUAACACGGUCCAGUAAGCAAGCCGAGGCUAAGGAGCUGCGUGCCUCACUUUCUGAAGUUAAUGCUAAGGCUAAUCAGGCACUUGAGGACCUGAAGCAGAAGAUAUCCACGAUGGACAAUGAAGUUGAGUCUAUUCUUGAGCAGAUGAAAAAUCUUCCUGCUGUGCCAUGA